AUGGGAAUCCCUCAGUAUAACGAGCCCUCAGACGAUGUGCCGCAGGUUAAUAGUGCAGAGGUGCUGGUUCAACGGUUUGGCCGACUCAAUAUCUUAGACGACUUGAUCCGUUUGCGUGCAACAGAUGUUGAGCAAGUACCCAUCCUCGCAUAUCCCAAGCCAUCUCAGGAUGGCUACGAGUACUUUACCGGUGAGGACUUGGACUGCAUGGUCGAUCAAGCAGUCUGUGCGCUGAUGGAGCUGGGCAUCAGACCGGCUAGAAAAGAUGGAGAGAUUGUUGCUCUCUUCACUCCAUCAGAUCUCAACAUGGUUGUCACCUUCUUCGCGCUCAGUCGCAUUGGUUAUACAAUUAUGAUGCUAUCGCCACGUCUAUCAGCUGCCGCAUGCGUAUCAUUACUCGAUAAAGUAGGAUGCGACACGCUGUUGUAUGGUCAGACAGCGAGCAUCCGGGCGACGGUGGGCGAAAUCCUCCGGUUGAAACUUGUGACAUGCAGACCGAUCAUUCAGCGGCCUUCCUUGGAGGAAUCUUUCGACGGACCCUCGGUGAUAGUCCUUCGCCGAAGUCGGAACCGCGAGGAACAGAGGAAUCGGAUCGCCCUCAUUCUUCAUUCUUCGGGUUCAACUGGUACCCCAAAACCGCUGUUCUUGAGCCACAAAGCAUUGAUGACACAUCCAUUACGAGGACCAGGAUUCACUUCAUUCAAUUCGCUCCCAUGGUAUCAUCUUCACGGGCUUUCAACUGCAUUGCAGGCAAUGUAUAUGAGAAAGGUGGCAUUCAUGUGGGAUGCUACACUACCAUUGACAGCUUCAUCUGUUGUGGCAGCGCUAGAAGCGGCUCAACCGGAGUCAGUCCAGGGUGUCCCUUAUCUGCUUCAGCUUCUUGUAGACAGUUCCAGAGGCCUCGACGCCUUGCGGCAGUGCAAGUUGGUCACGUAUGGUGGUGCGCCAUGCCCUGAUGGUCUGGGAGAUAGACUGGUUGCGGAAGGAGUGCGUUUCGGCGGUUCUUUUGGUUUGACGGAGGCUGGACUAGUUGCAGAAUCAAUUACAAGGCCAGCAGGCGAUCCAUACUGGAAUUAUCUGCGAUUCUUCGACAACAUUCGGCCAUACAUCUGGAUGAAGCCCAUCGGCCAGGACUUGUAUGAGGCCGUUUACCUGUCAGGGCAUCCUGCACUGACAUCAUCGAAUUCUGACGAGCCGCCAGGCUCGUACCAUUCUCGAGAUGUCUUUUCGCCUCACCCCUCUAUCGCCGACCGGUGGAAGUACAUUUCACGGCUAGACGACAGAAUAACAUUGAUUAAUGGUGAAAAGGUACUUCCUCUGCCAAUUGAAGGAUCGAUCAAGCAGAGUCCCUUUAUUGAAGAAGCAGUUGUCGUUGGCGUGGAUAGGGCAGUGCCAGGUCUUCUGGUGUUCCGCUCCGAGGGGGCACAGAUAUUCUCCGAUGAAGAGUAUCUGAAUCUGAUCUGGCCGACGGUGAAAGAUGCAAACUCGCGGGCAGAGCAGUUCUCACAGAUUGCUCGAGAGAUGAUCUGUGUUCUACCGUACGGGUCUGUCCGGCCUCAGACAGACAAGGGUUCGAUGAUCAGAGCCCAGGUCUACAUACGAUAUGCCGACGAAAUCGAAGAACUGUACACACGGGUCGAGCAGAAGGCGGAUGGUACACUCAAGGUAGACCUCACAACGACCGAGGCUCAUCUGAUGCGACUAUGCCGAGACGAACUUCGGCUACCUAUUCCCGACUCAAGGUCUGAGUUUUUCGCAGUGGGGGUCGACAGCCUGAAAGCCAUUCAUCUCCGUCGCUUGAUACUGCGAGACUUCAAGAUCGAGGACAGCAAAAGUCUGAGUCAGAAUGUGGUCUUCGAGACAGGCAACAUAUCGACCUUGGCGGCGCAUAUUGGUGCUAUCCAAGAUGGUCAGAUGAUCGAGGAACAGGACCAAGUUCGCGUUAUGCAGGAGUUGAUCACCAAGCAUUCGUCCUUCCGAGUUCACAAACCGGUUCUAGAGCCUAAGAAAAGCCGCAGGGGUGUUAUUCUGACUGGGGCAACCGGUUCAAUGGGCGCACACACGCUGCAAAGAUUACUGAACGACGACACCGUAUCUGUUGUCUACUGCCUCACCAGACGCGAUGACCCGAAGCAGGCCGUUCUCGACGCUCUUGCUCAGAAAGGUCUAGACGUCCUCUCCUACCGCACAAACAAGAUUGUUGCUCUCAAAAGUGCACUGCAUGAGCCUGAUCUCGGUUUAGACCAACUCACGAUUGAUGAGAUGCGCGAUUCCGUGUCUCUGAUCAUCCACACAGCAUGGCCUGUGAACUUUAACCUUCCUCUCUCCAGCUUCGAGCAACACAUUCAAGGGUUGAGUAACCUCAUUGAUCUGUCGUUGUCGGUCCGCAUGCCGGCGCCAGCGGUCAUGCUCUUCUGUUCUUCAAUCUCGACAGCGCUCGGUUCUCCGUCAACAAACAUAGAGGAAGGUCCGAUCGACGACUUGAGCAGUGUCCUCGACAUGGGUUAUGCUCGCUCCAAGCUCGUCGGAGAGAAGAUCGUAAGCAAUGCUCGACAAUCCGGCGCAAGAGCAUUCUCACUUCGAAUCGGCCAAGUAUCGGGGCACUCGAAGAAGGGCCUUUGGAACGACUCGGAGGCAAUCCCACUUAUGAUCCGGUCGGCACUCACGCUCAAAGCCCUCCCGGACAUCAACACGACAUGUUCAUGGCUGCCAGCGGAUAAGCUCGCGUGUUCGCUUCUCGAAAUCGCCCGGGCAUGUUCCAUCAACUCGCUCGAUGAAGACACCAGGGACCGAACUGCCGACGACACAGUCUACAACCUCUGCAACUCCCGGACAUUCACCUGGUUAGACCUACUCAAAACCCUGCGUCAGCACGGGUUCGCGUUCGAGACUGUUCCGUUCAAUGACUGGUUGAGGAAACUGCGGGAGAGCGAGGCCAAGGGAGAGGAGAUGAUCAACCCUGCUGUCAAGUUAGCAGACCACUACGAAGAAAUGUAUGGAGGCGACUCACCUCGAACUCCGAAGACGUUCCUCACCGACAAGGCCGAGCGCGAUAGCAUGACGUUGCGGAAUGGGCGCUUGAGGAUAGUUCGAGACGGGAUUCUCGCGCGAUACGCGCAGGAUUGGCUGAAGAGAUGGACGGCGGCCUAGUUGGCCAUGUGUAGUAGUAAUGAAGAUAAUAACGAUGCUGAUGGUGAUCUAUGUCGACGAUUAAUGUGGUGCUUUGCUCGUUUGUGUUAUUCGACUUUGGUCCGUUGAUUUGCGGUGUUGUUGUUUGUCUUUGCAGUUGUCAUUUUCUCGCGCAUGUUGUCCUGAUGCUUCUGCUAACCUGUGCCUCUUGUGAUAUUAAUAGUUCAAGCAAAAUAAUUGUCAAGUUUCAGCAUUAAACUCAAGUCCUAUCGA